AUCCUACCCUCGCCUCGUCCCACUCCCACUCCCAUUCUAGCCGCCAAACAAACCCUAGCCCCCUUGCCUAAUGCCCCUCGAUCCCCACAGCCGCUGCACGGCCCCGCUCCUCCUUCCCUCCCGCCACAGCCUCUCCUUGCUCGUAGCCACCUCCUUCCCACCUCCGCCCGAGCUCCGCCUUCCUAACCCGCCUCCUCCUCCUUGCCAUCGGCGGAAGCGCUGAGCAUAGGGGCAGCGGCUGGGCGCGAUGAGCUUACCUCCAGCGGCGCUAGGAACCUGCACACAAAGGGCGACCCCAUGGAUCCAUCCCUGCAGGAGAGAGAUGAUGGAGGGAGGAUUGAAGGACAGGGGGAGGUAGGCGUGCUGGGGCGGGGUGGUCUAGCCUGCGAUCCUCGCCCGCCUCCUCCUCCUUGCCAUCGGCGGAAGCGCUGAGCAUAGGGGCAGCGGCUGGACGCGAUGAGCUUGCCUCCAGCGGCGCUAGGAACCUGCACGCAAAGGGCGACCUCAUGGAUCCGUCCCUGCAGGAGAGAGAAGAUGGAGGGAGGAUUGAAGGAUAGGGGGAGGUAGGCGUGCUGGGGCGGGGUGGUCUCGCCUGCGAUGACAGGGCUGACCGGCCGGAGUUGGAUCGAGAUCCCGUCUGGCACGGCUCGGCUCCAACUCCCUCUUCCAGCUCUCCGCUCCCCGACACUCAAAUCUGGCUCUUCUACCCAUAUCCAUAGCUAUGGAAAGAAAGCUUGUAGUGGAGUGGCUUCCUUUGUAUGAUCUUGGAAGAUGAUGACCUCUGAAGCCCAUUAGAAAGCAUGGCAACGGCUAAAGGUUAGCGCAUUUCGAGAAGCCAACAGGUCGCCACCUACUUCCUUAGGCUGACAAUCACCUGCAGGAUAAAGUGCGAUGUUUUGCCCGAGGGGUUGGAGCAGGACCGCAUGAUGAGACAAGAUCAAGGACUGGGCCAACGCGGUCGUCACGCAUGAACUAGUGUAGCCCAUUGGCACUGGUAAAGUAGUAUCGGCGGCUCAGGGACAUGAAGUAAGUUCCUCCGUUUAGGUGUAUUGGUGUUUCUGAACUAGCAGGCACAAUUCAUCUCGUGACCGCUGGCCGUUGUCUUCUCGUCUCCUAAAAUUUGUGACCAAGCGAUUAUACCUGAAACUGAAGCUUGGUCUUUCUCAAGAUUUACCAUGGUGUAAUUUUAUGCUAUAGUCAAGCCUUGGAUAUAAAAUAAACAUGUUAUGAAGAUGAUAUAUCAGUUUUAGAAAUACAUAUUGAAGGACUAUAGCAGCGUUUCUUUUUACUGAAUUUCGUUUUGUUGUUUUUUCAUCUAUAUCGCUCAUUUUGUUGACAUGAUUAUUCAAAUAUGCCUAAUGUUUCUUUGUUUUUUCAAGUUUCUCAAAACUAACAAAUGCUGCUCUAUGAUAAAUUAGGAGGCUGAAGAUGGUAGCUUAUUGAACUCUCAUUUUGGAAAAAAUCUAGAGAUGUGUAGUGCUGAUAAAGAAAUGCAGGUAUGUAUGAGUCUGAUGUUUGCAUCUUGUGAUGCUCACAUGCUCGUGCAGAUGCAAUCUGGAUUUGCCGCCACCGCCUCGAGUCGCUUCCGCCUGUAAAUCCAGUCGCCACCAUGGCGUAUUAUGUUGGAGGUUGUUUCUUAUUUUUACUAUAGAUCAAGUUUCUUUGUUUCCUUUCUAGCUACCUCUGCUGCAUUUUUUUAUAUAUCCUAUAUGCUUUAAAUAUCCUAUAUGCUAUCAUGAUCCUUGCUUCAGUCAUCAUGUUGAUUUUCCAAAUUUGGUCUGGUUUUUUUUGGCCCUUGUGCGCUUUGAUCGAUGUGCUCUGGCUUUGUGACUCUGAUGAUGCACAUGCAAUGGCGGCAUGGGUGGAACGAGAGGAAGGAUGGGAAUCAGCUACUUGCAUUCACACGGAGGAGGCAACGUCGACUCGAUGGCACAUCAGAGGAGGUUGGGCUCGUUGUGGAUCUUCUUGAGGCAGCAGGACGUCGGCAAGAGCAUCGCUGCUGGCAACGGCUCGAGUGACCUCUUGAGGAUCUUCUCCAUGAGCAUCUGGGACGACACCAACUCCAACAUCAUGUUCUCAGCGCCCGAUAGCAAGAAGGCCGAGGUGCUCAGUGACAGUGAUGUCAGUAUGGUCACCAGCUUCAGCAACAUCGACUCCCAGAUUCAGUUAGCCCUCUCGAGCUGGACAUGCCCAGCAUGGACGACUACCUGCAGCUGCAGCAGGACUCCGCCGACUACAGAGUCCAUGCCAAGCGUGGCUGCACCACUGACCCGCAGAGCAUCGCUUGGGAGGGAAAGAAGAACAAGGAUCAAUAAGAGGCUAAGGAGGCUACAAAGACCUCAUUCCCUACAUGGACAAGGUCACAAGGCCAAUACACAUUCAGGAAAUAUGCGACCAACUUCCCCAAGAUCCCGCAUCGUCUACUCAGGAUAUUCUGUGCCCCAAGCCCUACAGAAUAAUGCCCAGUCUAAUUUCAACAGUGGGCACGACAACAUCAAACUUCUCUCUUCAAUAUUGAAGAAGCGGCUUACUCGGAUCAAUGGGCAUGCACUUAGAAAAAUAGCUAAAGAGUACGUGAUAUUCCUAGAGUAAAUAAAGGACAUGGUGUGCUCAUAAGUUAGACAGAAGCAAAAUGUUAUUUAUUAUGCUCCUGUUGUAUCUUCGGACGUUUUCUUCCACCUACCAAUACCCCAGUAUUGAAUAUUUACUUUCCCAUUGUCGUACAUAAACUGAUGUUAGUAUUUGUGCAUACUCUU